AUGCCUUCACUUUGGGUAGUGGUGUUCAUUGCGAGCUAUCUCGCGUACCUCGUUGUCCUUGCUCUCUACCGCCUAUACCUCAGUCCAAUUGCACACUUUCCCGGCUCAAAGAUUACCGCCGUCUCAGGAUGGUACGAAACAUAUCUCGACGUCUUCAAGGGGGGCCAGUUCACCUUCCAGAUCCAGAAGUGGCAUGAACAAUAUGGCCCAAUCAUCCGCAUCAACCCAACAGAGAUCCACAUUUCCGACCCAGACUUCCAUGAUAUCGUGUAUUCGUCAAGUGCACCUUUCAACAAGCUUCCGGCUUUCAGAGAUCGCUUUGGCAUCCCAACAGCAGUCAUUUCGACCGUCGACCACGAGCUCCACCACCGUCGCCGCGUGGCCCUGAAUCCCUGCUUCUCCAAGAAGCGAAUAAGCGACUUCUGCCCGUACAUUCAGCAACGCGCAGAAAGGCUUUGCAAUAAACUGCUGCUAGAGUACAAGGGCACUUCAAAGGUGGUGACGCUGAAUGAUGCUUGGGCAGCAUAUGUAACAGAUAACGUCAUGUUCUACACCUUGGCCUUGACACCCGACUUUCUGGACCUCCCAGACUUCGUUGCGCCUUAUACGGAGUCAACCAGGGAGCUGGUCAGUUCCACCCACUUUGUCGGUCAUUUUCCAUGGGUCUUGAAAGCGCUACAGUCGAUGCCGGAGGCUCUGUCAGGUGUCAUCAACCCAGCAAUGAGGCCGAUCUUCAAGUUCCACAAUGAAAUCAAGGCUCAAAUCAUCAAAAUUAUGACUGGAGAAAACGAAGCACACAAGAGUGUAUCCCACAGGACGGUCUUGAGCAGUCUGCUCACCUCUAAUCUACCUCCACAAGAACUCUCUGUCACUCGUUUGCAGCAAGAGGCUCUCGGUAUCGUCGGCGCAGCCAUUGAAACCACCAAAGCAAGCUUAACGCUGGCGAGUUUCCACAUUUUGGACAAUCCGGAGAUAUUCCGCCGUCUUCGGCAAGAAUUGAAAGAGGCAUUUCCCGACCCCACGAGACCGCCGACCUUGACGCAAUUGGAGGGAUUGCCAUACUUUACCGCGGUUAUUCAGGAGGCUUUACGCCUCUCCUAUGGCGUAACACAACGCCUUCCCCGCGUCUGCCCACACACCUGCAUCCAGUACAAUGACACCUACACCAUCCCUCCCAACACCCCGUUCGGCAUGUCUGCCUACCUGAUGCAUCAUUCUCCCUCCAUCUUUCCGGACAGCCACACCUUCAACCCGGACCGCUGGCUGAACAACCCCAAAACCGUACACGGCAAGCCGCUGUCCCGAUACCUCGUCUCGUUCAGUAAGGGGACGAGGAUGUGUGUCGGUGUGCAUUUCGCGUGGGCGGAGCUAUAUCUCGGCUUGGCAAAUGUGUUUCGAAGGGUGGAUUUCGAGCUUUUCGAGACGGGGAAGGAGGAUGUUGAGAUGGCGAGCGAAUUCUUUGUGCCGAGGCCGAAAGCGGGUUCGAAAGGGGUACGAGCUGUUGUUAAAUAG